AGAAGAGGUAUUGAGAUUCAGUAGAGAGUUGGAGCGUGAAAAGCUAUUAUUCUUGCUGAUCAGUCACGAUCGAGAACAUGCGGUGGAUUCAUGCGGCGAUCUUCCUCUUGACUGCCACCAAAUGUCUCGCCAGUCGAGACGAUACUGACGACCCGCUAUUUCUUACGCCCUUCAUCAGAGCAGGGAGACUCGGAGAGGCUAGGAAGUUGAGUUCUGUGCCGCCGUUCGACAAAAAUAACAUUCGGAGUUAUUCGGGAUACCUCACCGUGAACGAGACCACGAGUUCCAACUUGUUCUUCUGGUUUUUCCCGGCUAGGAAUCUGCGGAAGGAUGCGCCAACGCUUCUGUUCUUGCAAGGAGGCCCCGGAGCUUCUUCAAUGUUCAGCAUUUUCAUCGAGACUGGUCCCUACCGGAUUAAUGAGAAGCUCACAACUGAGUUGCGAGAGGUAGCGUGGAGUCACGAUUUCAACAUGCUGUAUAUCGACAAUCCAGUAGGCACCGGUUUCUCAUUCACCGGCUCCGAUGCGGGCUUUGUGACAACCGAGGAGGAAGUCGGUCGAGAUCUCUUCGAGGCUCUCCAACAGUUUUUCACUUUGUUCAACGAAUAUGCUGAUAAUGAGUUUUACGUCUCCGGCGAAUCAUACGCAGGCAAAUAUGUCCCCGCCACGGCAUACACUAUCCACAAGAAUAGGGGUCGAGCCAAGAUGAAGCUAUCCGGAAUCAUCAUCGGCGACGGGUGGACGGAUCCGAUCAACAUGAUGGAUUACGAUCAACUUCUACAGCAGCUCGGAUUGAUCAGCGCUAUUCAGGCCGACCACUUCAAAAAAGUACAAGACCAAGCCAAAGCUUUCAUCAGACAAGGAAAUUACGGGAAUGCCUACAAGAUCAUGAAUGAGUUGAUGGACGGCGAUCAGCUACCUUACAAAUCUUACUUCUAUAAUGCGACGGGGCUGGAUUUCUACUUCAAUCUACUCCAGUCGUCGGCGCCGCCUGAAUUCGAGUACUAUCCCAAGUUUCUUCAAUUGAAUGAAACUCGACGAGCCAUACACGUCGGCUCGCUUCCCUUCAAUGACGGCUCUAAGGUAGAGAACAAACUCAUGCUGGAUCAGUACGUGUCUGCCAAGGCUUUCGUAGAGGAGAUUCUGAACAACGACUACAAGGUUCUUAUAUACAACGGUCAACUGGAUUUGAUCGUGCCGUAUGCCUUGACCAUGAAGUUCAUCAGAAAUCUCGACUGGAAGAACGCUUCAAAGUUCAUCAGCGCUCCGAGGACUAUCUGGAAAAAUCCAGCGGGAACGCCGGUCGGCUACGUUCAUCGACUCGGAAACUUCACCGAGGCUCUCGUGAGGAAUGCUGGUCACAUGGUACCUUACGACCAACCUGUGAACGCAUUAGAUCUCAUCACCCGCUUCAUCUACAACAAGCCUUUCGAGACUUAGUUAGUCAAGACCCUUAGCGUAAUCUUUCAUAGGCUACAGGAAAGUAGAAGAACGCAGACGUCGGGGAGCCACUUUGCAAUAGAAUGAGGAACUUUGA